GGAUGCCCUGAAGUGCCAGCAAUGCCAGAAACAGUUCAGGUCCAAGGCCGGACUCAACUACCAUACAAUGGCUGAGCACAGCAGCGAGGUUUUAAGAAGAAAUGCUGGUGGUUCUGCCGUGUCCCCUCAUGAAUCUAAGGCUGGCGGGAGUGUGUGUUCUCUAGCCUCGGGGCCUGUCUGUGACAAGAUUCUCUUUGCUUUGCUUUAGUGUGGGAAUUACAUGUGUUCCUCUGAUCUGCCAUCUUAUCUCCCUCCUUUCCCUCGCAGACUAAGGAUGUAUCUCAAUCUCAAUAGUCUGUAGAUCUGUACAGAUCUUGGUGGAUGCUAAUUUAGGCCAUUAAGAUGCACCCGAGCGUGUAUCCACAGUUGCAUUUCAAUCCAGAGAGUUGUUCUCUCAAUAUCUGUGACCCACCACCUGGAUUCGGACCUACAAUUGAAGUUGGAAGUUUACAUAUUUAGGCUGGAGUCAUUAAAACUCGUUUUUCAACCACUUCACACAUGUCUUGUUAACAAACUAUAGUUUUGGCAAGUCGGUUAGGACAUCUACUUUGUGCAUGACACAAGUAAUUUUUCCAACAAUUGUUUACAGACAGAUUAUUACACUUAUAAUUCACUUUAUCACAAUUCCAGUGGGUCAGAAGUUUACAUACACUAAGUUGACUAUGCCUUUAAACAGCUUGGAAAAUUCCAGAAAAUGAUGUCAAUGCUUUAGAAGCUUCUAAUAGGCUAAUUAAAAUCAUUUGAGUCAAUUGGAGGUGUACCUGUGGAUGUAUUUCAAGGCCUACCUUCAACUCAGUGCCUCUUUGCUUGACAUCAUGGGAAAAUCAAAAGAAAUCAGGCAGGGAGCAAUUUCCAAAUGCCUGAAGGUGCCACUUUCAUCUGUACAAACAAUAGCAUGCAAGUAUAAACCCCAUGGGACAAUGCAGCCGUCAUACUGCUCAGGAAGCAGACGCGUUCUGUCUCCUAGAGAUGAACGUACUUUGGUGAGAAAUGUGCAAAUCAAUCCCAGAACAACAGCAAAGGACCUUGUGAAGAUGCUGGAGGAAACGGGUACAAAGGUAUCUAUAUCCACAGUAAAACGAGUCCUAUAUCGAUAUAACCUGAAAGGCUGCUCAGCAAGGAAGAAGCCACAGCUCCAAAACCGCCAUAAAAAGCCAGACUACGGUUUGCAACUGCACAUGGGGACAAAGAUCAUACUUUUUUGGAGAAAUGUCCUCUAGUCUGAUGAAACAAAAAUAGAACUGUAUGGCCAUAAUGACCAUCAUUAUGUUUGGAGGAAAAAGAGGGAAGCUUACAAGCCGAAGAACACCAUCCCAACCGUGAAGCAAGGGGGUGGCAGCAUCAUGUUGUGGGGGUGGCAGCAUCAUGUUGUGGGGGUGCUUUGCUGCAGGAGGGACAGGUGCACUUCACAAAAUAAAUGUCAUCAUGAGGGAGGAAAAUUACGUGGAUAUAUUGAAGCAACAUCUCAAGACAUCAGUGUCUGUCAUGGUUGCCUUUUAGUUUGAAGAUGUGAUCCAGAGUCAGGUGUUUUAUACAACAGCCUUCUGUGUUCUCUUUUCGACUCUUUUGGUAAUCAUCUCUCUGCUUCCACCGAGCAUUCCAUUGAUUUCAAAACUCGGUCAACAACACUGUUGAUCGCCGUUUCUUCCCCAUCACUGUCAUCAGAAGACCCUACAAUGUCUGGUUCAGUGAAAAUGUUUUUACCUAAAUCAGGGAUUUCCUUAUCGUCUGAUUCAUUUUCAGAGCCAGCGACCGUCGUCCAGAAAGUAGUCUGUUACAACUUCAGGGUAGUAAUGUUGAGUAGCAACACUUCUUCAUGAUAUCUUUCAAAAACAGCCGUGGUAGAAAGGAUUAUCUACACAUACUGACCAGCUCACGUUAUAGACAGAAUCAUGCUACAUGGCAGAAAAAUCCAAACUCAUCUCUCUGCAUGUCCAGCCCAUCCAUUAUCUCAGCCAAUCAUGGCUCCUGACUUUUUCCCGUGGCUAAAACAACUAGGCUCGUAAUUGAACUAUUUUAUUUGUAUUUACAGGCGGUUUGUUAUUAAGGCACAUGAAGGUUCACAUGAUCCAGAAAGCAUUUCUGACACAAAAAAAACGCAUUUUGAUCAAAUAAUAAAACAAACAACAUUUAAAUGCGUCUCUUGUGAAGGAGUGACAUGUGACAUACGCUUUUUGAAAUGGGUCACAUAUGCCAUUAAUCAUUGCCCAGAUCUGUAGCCCCUUUCCUCCUUUCUCUGGCUGUGCUGUGCAGUCCGCUGCUCAGUUUUAUCCGCCAUGUGUUUUUUGAUAAACACCUUGGUGAAAACAUUAGUUUGACAAUUGUCACAACAUGCAUAGAGUAACGGGAUUGCCAUGAAACCGUUUAAUGAUUCUGGCAUCGCCCGAAAUCACAUUUUCUAGGCCUGGUUUAGGAGGGGGAGGUGUUUUGAGGGGACACUGGUACGACGCUGUGUUUCCCCCCCCCCCCCCCCCCCUCAGGCUUUGGGGAGCGAGGACCAGAUGGAGGACGUGCAGGAGGAGAGAGAGAGGCUGCGUAGAGUGCUCAAACAGACGGGACGAAUCAAGUGUCCUAAGGAGAGCUGCUCAGCCCAUUUUUUCAGCCUGAUGGGAUACCAGUACCAUCAGAAGCGCUGUGGCAGACAGCUAUCAGAGGAGGACAAGCCUGUGUUUCUGUGUCAGCACUGUGGGAAGACCUACCGCUCUAAGACUGGCAGAGACUACCACCUCUGCACUGAACACCCCACCACUAACAACAAUACCACCGGCAGAGGGAUGAGAACAGAGGAGGGACAGCCUGCAGGAAGGAGGGAACAGAACCACAUGGAGAGAGAGAAGGAUGGGAGAGAGAGGGAGAGAGAGAGGAAGGACAACGAAAAGGGUCAGGAGUUGUCUGCAGGUAGGGAGAAGGAUGGGAGAGAGAGGGAGAGAGACAGGAAGGACAACGAAAAGGGUCAGGAGUUGUCUGCGGGUAGGGAGAAGGAUGGGAGAGAGAGGGAGAGAGACAGGAAGGACAACGAAAAGGGUCAGGAGUUGUCUGCGGGUAGGGAGAAGGAUGGGAGAGAGAGGGAGAGCGAGAGGAAAGACAACGAAAAGGGUCAGGAGUUGUCUGCGGGUAGGGAGAAGGAUGGGAGAGAGAGGGAGAGCGACAGGAAGGACAACGAAAAGGGUCAGGAGUUGUCUGCGGGUAGGGAGAAGGAUGGGAGAGACAGGAAGGACAACGAAAAGGGUCAGGAGUUGUCUGCGGGUAGGGAGAAGGAUGGGAGAGAGAGGGAGAGAGACUGGAAGGACAACGAAAAGGGUCAGGAGUUGUCUGCGGGUAGGGAGAAGGAUGGGAGAGACAGGAAGGACAACGAAAAGGGUCAGGAGUUGUCUGCGGGUAGGGAGAGAGAUGGGAGAGAGAGGGAGAGAGAGGGGCUGGGGGAGGACUUUGAGAGGACUCCUAGUGGUAGGGUGAGACGUCGGUCUGCCCAGGUAGCAGUGUUCCACCUGCAGGAGAUAGCAGAGGAUGAACUGGACAAGGACUGGGGCACCAAGCGAGACGACCUGGUACCGGACAGCAAGAGGUUGAACUACACUCGUCCUGGUCUUCCCAUGUUCAGUCCCAAGCUGGUGGAGAGCUGGAAGAACGAGGUCAAAGAGAAGGGCUUCAUCUGCUGCUCCAACGGAAGCUGUGAAGCUGUUUACUCCAGUGUGUCCGGACUCAAAGCUCAUCUAGCCAACUGUAACCAGGCAGAGGGCGAUGCAGGGAAGUACACCUGCUUACUGUGCCAGAAGGAAUUCAGCUCAGAGAGUGGUGUCAAAUACCACAUCAGCAAGACCCACUCUCAGAACUGGUUCCGAGCCUUCAGCCACAGCAGCAGCAGGAGCAAACCGCCAGACUACCAAGGGAAAACGGAGGUCAAGAACGGAGCCACCAUGGGAAAGAGGAGAGGCCGCAAGCCCAAAGAGCGCCCCCCUGAGGCCACCCCCGUCCAAACAAACACUUUUUUCAGCACCACCCAAAACUCAACCCCCACCCUGAACAUGGGCCAGACCCCGGUCCCGACAGAGACAGGAAACCCAGGGAGCCUGACGCUAAACAGACAGCCCAACCAACCCACCACACGGAGGAGUAAGCCCAAGUGGGUGCCCCCUCCCCCCGAGUAGCUCUGCUUUCAACCCAAGAGCCAGAGAGGCUAUGUCUAUCUAUCCACAUUACGCCAGUAAGCUCAAUAAUGUUUUGGAUACCUCAAGGACUGGUGGACAGAGAAGAAAAAAACAACUGCACUCAGAUCUUUGUGUUUUAAAUAUAUUGUAUACAGUUUGUCUCCUGGUAUAUGUUGAUAUGUUUAUUUAGUUUCCUCCAUUCCAUUUCCAAGCAUCAUUUCAGUUAAACUAUUGACAACAGGGGUUCAUUGUUAUCAACGUUAUAGUCCUCUGUGUAAAAAUAUAUUUUUCUAAACAAAAGUAGUAUUUCAAAUUAAUGUUGGCAUUUUCCCUCUACAUGUCUUUAGUUUCAUGUUGUGUUUGAGAGAUUUUUCAAAUGAUAUUAUAUUAGGAUAGUGAGGUGAUACUAUAUCUAUCUAUAUACAGUAUAUAGUCAAAGCAAUGACGUCAUCCCUCUUUUUUCAAGGCAGGAAGGUCAAAUUUGGUCCAAAGCGAUCACACUCCUUUUCAUUUUUGUUGUUUUACACUUUAACGUCUUUUGUUUGUUUUAUUGUGUCAGCUGAAUGUCAGCUGAAUGUGAGCUGAAUGUCGAAGUAGAGAGGUUGUUUUGAUAAUGUCUCUUUGUUUUCUUUGGCUUUUCUUUUCAAAUUAGUGAAAGACCACAUACAUCAUACAUCACAUCACUGUGUCCUAAUGCUCUGGCUAAGUCUUUGUUUCAAUUGCACUGAAAUUGAGGAAAUUCGCACCAUUUUCACAAAAUGAUAUGAGAUUUUAUCGAAUAUUGGUGACAGUAAUUAGACCUUGGGGCAUAUGAUUGGGGAUCUUAACACAAACAUCGACACUAAAAGCUAUAUCUACACUCAAGCAAUGUAAACAGCAUAUCCACAAAGUUUGAAGAUGUGUAGAUUUAGUUUAAUAUAGGUUUUGCCAUUGGACCUCAUAGUCUGAAUUAAAUGUGGGAAUGUUGUAGUAAUUGUUCCCAUUUAAAAUGGACAAAAAUUUUCAAGCUAGAAUUUUCCUAGGACUGUCUGGGAGUCGGGAGAGGAAGACAGAGGUUUGGAACUCUCUUUGUUAGUGGUGUAUUAACCAAUUUAGCCUUUUUUAAAGUUAAAAAAAAAAACAAGUUUAAGUUACUUUAAUCUUUUAGGAAACGUAAAAAGUAAAAACCUAAAAUGAAGGCUUAGAUGUUGUUAUGUAUAUGGACAGAUUCCCGGUCAUUAAUUGUCUUGCACUUUAACCCCUUUCCUCUCUUCCCCCCAUUUAGUCUUUUUGCACAUGAAGAGCAGAGAAAAAUACUUUACGCUCCGGGAAGAAAAUGAUUAUUUAUAAUCAGCCUAAAUGUUUACCUUAAGAAUGAUGGGUAAAGACACAAAACUGUCCGUAGAUCAGCUUCUAAGGGGCAGCUUCACCCUACUCCAACCUAAACGUCCUAUAUGGAGGGUUGUAACCCAGGACUGUAAAAUGAAACAAGAACAUUUAGAUCUGUGUCCCGCUUUCCGACAGGCUUCAAUGAGUAGAUAACAGGGCCACCUAACUAAGCUGAUCCUCAGAAAUGCUAGACAUUUUAGGCUGUUCUGCCAGUCAACUAUUUCAGCGUAAAAGGAAAUUACGUUUUAAAUGAAAUGUCUUUAAUUUAUGAAAAUGCUAAUGUGCAAUCUGCUCAUUUUAAUAUUUUAUCCAUAAUACAUACUUAAAGCAGAUACUUGAAUUCACAAAACAAUUGUAAUAAUUUGAUUUAAGUCAAAUGUCAUGAAAUGUUUAAUGUAUAUUUAUAUCAAUAGAGCAGAAUAUCUCUCUCAAAGCAGCAGACCUCUUUUAUAAUCACGUAUGUAUAUUAUCUAGUUAAUCUGAAAGUGGUGGCAGUUUGUGAAAAGGUUAAGUUGACAUGGUUACUCGAAUUGCUGCAAAGAAUCCACUACUAAAGGACACCAAUAAUAAGAAGAGAGUUGCUUGGGCCAAGAAACACGAGCAAUGGACAUUAUGGACUGGCGGAAAUGUGUCCUUUGGUCCGAUGAUUCCAAAUCAGAGAUUUUUGGUUCCAACCGCCGUGUCUUUGAAAGAUGCAGAGUAGGUGAACAGAUGAUCUCUGCAUGUGUGGUUCCCACCGUGAAGCAUGGAGGAGGAGUUGUGAUGUUGUGGAGGUGCUUUGCCGGUAACACUGUCUGAUUUAUUUCAAAUUUAAAGCACACUUAACCAGCAUGGAUACCGCAGCAAUACACCAUCCCAUCUGUUUUGCGCUUAGUGGGACUAUCAUUUGUUUUUCAACAGGACAGUGACCCAAAACACACCUCCAGUCUGUGUUAGGGCUAUUUGAUAAAGAAGGAGAGUGAUGGAGUGAGUGUUGCAUCAGAUGACCUGGCCUCCACAAUCACCCGACCUCAACCCAACUGAGAUGGUUUGGGAUAAGUUGGACCGCAGAGUGAAGGAAAAGCAGCCAACAAGUGCUCAGCAUAUGUGGGAACUCCUUCAAGACGGUUGGAAAAGCAUUCCUCUUGCAGCUGGUUGAGAGAAUACCAACAGUAUGCAAAGCUGUCAUCAGGGCAAAGGGUGGCUACUUUGAAGAUAUAAAAUAUUUAACACUGUUUUGGUUACUACAUGAUUCCAUAUGUGUUAUAUCAUAGUUUUGAUGUCCUCACUAAUUAUUCUACAAUGUAGAAAAUAGUGAAAAUAAAGAAAAACCCUUCAGUGAGUACAGUUGGUGUGUCCACACUAUGGACUGGUACCAUAUAUUCAUACUUCACCCUAUCAGUCUUCCGAGAUGAUGUGGAGAACACAUCUAUCCUGUUUGAGCGUAGAAUACAGCAGCAACUGCAAAAAUAGGUUUACACCAUAUUUUGUUGUAAUUUACUCAUUUAAUGGCACAUUUUUUUCACCUACCCUAUCCCUUUGUUUGCUUAAGAAAUUGUUAUUUUAUUUUUUCUCCGUGAUAACAAUAGUUAGUUGAAGUCCAUCAAAUGCCAUGGGAUGUUGAAAUACGUUGUUUUAAUAAGUUUGAUAAUGCACAUUAAAUGUUGAUUUUCAGGACACAAUUAUUGAGAAUCCAUUUGUCGAUAUCUAAGGAUCAACAAGGAGGCGUAUCUGUGUUUGUUUCUCUAAUUAGUGCACUUACUACCCCUUGAAAUAGGCGUGUUGUCGCCUGAGCUUUUUAGUAGUCUGGACUGUGUGUGGUGUGACUUUUGUACCUGGGGAGUCUAUAGGCUAAGAUGUCUUCCUUUUUUUCACAAAUGCUAUUUUCCCGCUUUAAUGUUAUAUCUUAAAAACAUUUACAAUUUCAACAAGUUUUAGAUAAAUCUUUGUUCUGAAAAUGUACCAUUAUAGACUGGAUACAAAACAUUUGGUGAUUGGUUAUGUUGAGGAGAAUACUUAGUUAUGAGAAAAUGUUUUUCCUAUGUUGAAGUUGAUCUGAUCAGAAGCUAUAUCCUAUAACUAGUGAGGCACCACACCUUUGAAUCUGAACUGUUAAAAAAAACGUUUUUUUAAGUGUUGUUUACCUGUGCAUUAUUACCCCUUAACUAAUUAAUAAAAAUGUUGUUGACUAA